AGGUCAUCAAAGAUUCCAUUUCUAUCACAUCUUAAUCCACUUUGCAUCACUAUCUAGUGCCCUUUAAAAGGUUAAAUGUCUUUUAAUCAUACAAGGCUUUGAAAUAUUUGUCUUAUUUAUUAUACUAAAGAUGGAAGGAAGGGGGCCACUUUGGUAAAAACGGUACUGUCUCAGUAGUAAUUCCUACGUUUUCAGUGUUCGUAGCCAUGUGCACCCACAAUUUAGGUAAGCUUUCUUCCAAAAUUUCUCUUGCAUCGUACAGAUCACAGAGAUAAGGGUUGUGUGGAUAGAAAAUACAGUAACGAUAAGGACCAAUAUAAUAGAAUUUGAUACCUCAAAGCACCAAAUUAUUUUCUAGCCUUUACUAUAACAGCAGCUCCAAUUCUAAAGAGGAGUCUCAAUCUCAAGAUAACACAAAUUAUUUAACUCGUGAAUUAGUCCUCAAUGGCCUUCUACAACUCUGGAUAUUACCAGAAUUCUUCUGAUCUUGGUGAGUAUCAUCAAACCCCUUAUGCUUAUAAUUCUAAUCAUUUUAUAACUGAUCAGGGUGGCUCAGUAGCUUACUCUUCGUACAAAGAGCCAAGUAUCUAUAAUCUCUUUGACUAUAAUAUUCCAACUCCUUAUAACUAUGGUGCUAAUUACAACAACCAUUCUAAUUUUAAUCAUAUUGCUACUACUAGAACUGCAUACUCUGUUUUUACUUCGAGUGAACCACUGUCGGUUCAGUAUCAUGAUUCUGUCUCCCAUUACAAGAUCAGUUAUUAUGAUCAUCAACCUAAGAGUACCCAGUUCGUAAUAUCUUACAACUCGGUCUCUCCGGAGUUUGCUAUACCUGAAUUCGACGACUAUGAUCCAACCCCUUAUGAUGGUGGCUUUGAUAUAAUUCAAGCUUAUGGAAAGCCACUUCAACCCUCGCCUGAAAUUUGUUAUCCUCACUCAGACUCUACAACUGGGGAAAGGGAAAAGCCCCCACCUUCCAACGCAGAGGCUAAGGAGAAAGAGAAGAGCGAGCCCCAAAAUGGGUUAAAGCCGAUGGAGGCACAUAAGAAGGAAGAGGAGAAAAAGCCAAGCCAUGAAAGUGGGCAUGGAGAUCAUGGGACUCAUAAUGUUGGGGUUGGGAAUGAUUUUCAAUACGAAAAGCAGGUGAGUGGUAGUAGUAGUAGUCUGAUUCCAAGUGGGUAUGGCUUGGAAGCCAUGGAUCUUUGCGAAAGCUUGUUCGGGUAUUGGCCAUGUUUAUCACGUUACGCAAAGAGAUCAGCUAUGAAUAAUAAUGGCGGUGGUUGUCAUGAUGAGUAUGGUUUUUACGAGGGAAUCAGCAGCUGUGGGAGUGGGAACCAGUGGAAUGGGGCUGCAGAUUAUCUAUUUGGGGGUUCGGAUCCGUACGUGGAGAAAAGGGACGGUGGAGGAAGCUAUGGUCAACCUAUCCAUUGCUACGAAAAGCAUUAUCAGGAGACUCCUCUGUAUAUUCAGGUUCAGCCUCAGGAGGAUUCUUGGUCCCAAAAUUUCAACAAUUUCUGAGUAUAUUCAUUGUCAUUUCUUUUCUUUUUUUUAACUAGUUGAUUUCAAUAGAAGAAGAAGAAGAAAGAGAAUUAGGAUUAUUGGAUUAAGAUAGUGGCACAGUGUCGAAAGCUACUAGCCAUUGAAAUGUAAGCAAAUUUGAUGAAGGAAUUGCUUUACCAAUAAGUAAAAUGUUGAUAGAUAUGGAAUUCGACUGUAAUGGUCACUAUUUGCUCUUUUACAACUUAAGUUACAGUUUUAA